AUGUUGGUUGCUCACAAGCAUAAGAUAAAUUUCUACAAAACAACCACAAUUUGUGUAUCAACUCCUUUUGUUGAUAAGAUCGAUCCUUUUAAUUUUGUGAGUUUUCAUGAUCUGACAGCCAGACAUUUUGACACUCGUGUUGCAUUUGAUUUUAUUGGUCAAGUUGUAUCUACUGAACCCAUGAGAGUGAUUAAGGAGAAUGCAAGGGAAACAAGGCUAAUGAGUAUUGUUGCACAAGAUCUGAUCAUUGUUGAUAUCGAUUUGAAUGUUGAGUCUUCCAUUAAUACUACACAACUUAACACAGAAACUGUUGUGGCCAAGCCAGAAGAUUACUACCUCCGUUUUCAAAUAAAAAACAUUGAUGAUAUUCCAGAUUACAAUGAGGUAACUAAAAAUGGUGAUGAUAGUGAUGGUGAACCAUUUAAUUGUAAUGGUUGCGGAGGAGUUUUUGAUGUAUUCGGCAAGGUAAGGGUCGUAAUACGUGUUCAAGAUGAAACUGGGUCUGCUUCUUUUGUAUUGUUUGACCGUCAUGUUAAAGAUCUUAUUCACCGAGUUGGUGCAGUUUUCAAACAUUCACCUGCAUACGAAGAAAACAGUAUUCAUUCUGAUGGUACUCCUAUCAACAAGUCUAUUAAGGAAAAGAGUGUUUCUGUUGAAGGUGACAAUAUUAAUGUUGUUGAUCUUGAUGUGGUGACACCGACAACUACUUCACUGAAACGCCCUAUUGAGAUUGUUACCACCACUGAAUCGUUUGAAUGGUCUUCCUCAAAAGAUGGCGUUGCUCCUCAUACCCUUAAGAUUCCAAAAAUGGAAAAACUCGAAUAA